AUGAGCAGACAGUCAAGGCUCACCAAACCACCUACACCACCACUAUAUACACCUCAUCUACAGAUCAACAUGAACAUCAGCCUCAAGUUCUCACUCGAAGAAUGGAAAGCUCCUCUGUCAGUUCAGCAUCCUUUCGUCGAUCAGAUCCGAGAAGCGGUAUCGAAGUAUUGCCUUCGAUCUGCAGCUCACUUUAGCACACCAAUUGAGGUGUACCAGGCGGUCUAUGCCAAUAACCCGGACCGAUUCGUCGAGGUUGACCGCAGCUUUGUGCUCUGGGUGGGCUUCUACAACUUCGGCGAAGGUCCACACAUCGCUGGGUGUCGCCCAAAAGCCCAGAAGCGCGGAAGGAGGAAACUGAAGGAGCUCGAAGAGGAGGUGGAGGUUUUUGUUCAAAACAAGUUCGUACCACUGAGGCGAUUCCUCGAAAUCCUAUUCCCGACAUACGAGGGGCUAGUGGGCGACGAGGUCAUAUUCCAAUGGUGGAAUGCCAACGGCCAGACUUUCAAUUGGAUGCAACUACCUACAGAACUGAAGGAGCGGGUCAUUCAGUUCUGCAUGCAUCGCUCUCCACCAUCACCGGUCCUAAAGAAGUCCAAGAACUCGGGGUGCCAGAAAGUUGCAGACGCACCCGAAGUCACUGGCCAGUUCGGCAAAUGGAAGUCCCUCCUCAGCGUCUCACACCAAGUCCGCGCGUUAUCUUUACAUCUAUGCUUCGUGGGAAGUAGCAGUUUGGAACACAGCAACGGACUAUGCAUCGUAGCCAAGGACUUUUACAGCUUCAAAAGCUGUAUCCGCCGCUUGGGGAGGCAUAUGCAGAUGAUCGAGCCAAAUGGCGUGCCGGUCGACGACAAAACCCGAGAGCUGGCAAAAGCAUACAAGUCUUUCCCGAAGAUCUAUCCGCAUUUGGACCAAUACGCCACCUUCUGUCAGGGCAUCCGCCAACUGUAUCUCCAGUUCUCUUUUAUGGACUCCCUGCAGUUCUUCAAGGUCACAGCAGGAUCCUUCUCACAGUACUGGAAGUCGUAUCACCUAGACUAUGAAGUAUUCGAGCGACUACCAUAUCUCAAUGAGCUUACCAUCAAACUACCCGAUGUCAAAGGCUUUCUAGAAGACAACUCCAAACAGUCAGUCAGACUCUUCUACGGCGAGCCUUUUAACUGCCCUCGAAUCUUGCAUCGACUCAUCUAUGAGAGAGUAGCUGAGGUUUUGGCUCCCUUCAGAGACAUCAAGAUGCAUGGUUUCAUUGACAAUGAGGAGGAGAUGCGAUUCUUCGAGCUCCUUGAGUAUGCUACGAGAGACCUGAAGAUGACUACCGAGGAGCUUGAAGAGCUGUACAGGGAAGACAUGGGAGGCAUAGCGCUAGAACAAAGUGUUGAACCCGGUGUCGAAAAGGGAGAUAGGGAGAUAGAAGAGCGAGUGAUCAUUCAAGAUGACUUCUGGCCACCCAAGUGUCGAUGCGAGGUGCUGUGCAGGAAGGUCGUGCAUCCGGACUCUAUUUGA